AUGAAUGUGUUGUAUAUUUGGAGUUUAAUAUAUUUUGCUAUAAAUACUGUCUUUGGGAAAAUUACCGUUAAUAAAGUUAUAGUGCGUAUACCAAGGCCAAAUGAUAUCGGUCUUAUAUUCGAUUUAACCGUUAUUAACGCACCGUGCAAAGAGCGAGAGGCAUUGGAGUUUCGCAUACGUUCAGAUGGGACGUGUAGCGUAAAUGUAACGGAGUGCAUAACCAUGAAAAAUGCUGGGCGCGUGGUGGGUGGUAACUUCGGGUUACUUGAUGCAGGUGCAGCAGAAGUCGUAUCAUUGAUCUGGCCUACUGUGUCACUAUAUAAUCGUGUUGGAUCCUGUCCCAUUAUUGUUACCGCUAAAAAUAUUCGAAACAUUGAGGAGCAUCAGAAGCAUACCAUACAUUUCGAUACACGUUUUACGACGCUAGAUCCCGAAGGACAUACGCUGCGAAAAAGACCUGACUAUAAGGAUUGUAAAAAUUGGGACAAGGAAUAUUUGAAAAAUUGCACACCUGUCAACUGUGAAGAACGUUACUUUGGACAGCGUAGUUUUUACAAUGAGACUACGCAACAUUGCGACGAGGUGCCAGCAUGUGACAAACCAAAUAUGAUUUAUAACUUUUAUACCAACGAAUGUUUUAUACCGGAAAAUUUUUUUACUGCUGAAGAUUUGAAAAAGAUACAAAGUGGUGAUUUCGUAGAUGAAAAUGCACAUGAAGAAGAGAUAGCGCAAGCAAAGACACAGGCAAGUAUGGAAACACAUACAUGCGAUAAAAAAUAUCAGCAACAAAAACAAAAUCAGCAACGAAAACAACAUCAGCAACAACAACAGCAACACGCUGACUUUAAACGCGCUGUCGAUGAUUUUGAUGAAGAAUUUAAAAAUUUAAUGGAAUCAAAAUUUUUUGAUACAGCUUAUGGUGGUGGUGACGGCGCAGAGUCUACACAGUCCAUAGUAAAAACAGAGAAAACAUACAUGCCAUACUGGCUGAAAGGCAUUUUGGAGGGCCUAGCGGUAGUUGGUGCUAUCAUCUUUUUGCAGGUUCUUGCCACGGUUGCUAUUUAUGUGCUCAUUUGUUUUGUGAUCUUUCUGAUUGUCACAUGGAUAUCACGUCGCCAAUUUAAAUGCAAUGCGGAUACUAGUUGUGUUCUGCGUUCGCCAACGGCAUCGGAUGGUGGCGAUGAGCCAUUGAUAACACCGUCCAGUUUACUAUCGCAGCGCUGAUUCAUGAGAAAGGCUGGAAAUAUGUAUGUACAAUACAAACAUAUGUACAUCGUUAUUUAAAAAUUUCGGGAUUUUUAUGAAUUUUAAUUAUGAAGUGAAUUUUUAUUGAAAUUCUUAUGUAAAAUAAGUCGCUGAGUUCGAAAAUCUACGUAAUAUUUACAUAUUAUGUACAUAUUUUUAUUUUCUGCCAUGAAUUUACAAAUUGCGGUUUUGACCGUUCAAACGAAGUGACAUGCAUACAAAUCACAUUUGUGCCUAUUAAAAUUACUCUCUUAUGUUCGAAUAUUUUUAAGGCACUAAAAAACAAUUA